GGCUGGAGCUGUGCUGCCGCAGCCUGCACGCCCGCUCACACAGAUCCCUUCAGAGCCAACGCUGCCCGAGCUGCCCGCAGACUUUCCACCUGCAAGAUGUGUUAGGUGGUAGCAAACUCCAAGUUGCCAGAUGGGGCGCUGAACCCAGAGAGAAACGAAUGCCUCUUUCCCUGGAUCCACUGGGUCCUGAGUGGGACCGCCCCUUGGGCUCCAAGGACCUGGAUGGAGAGGAGAGCCCAGAGAGAGAGGGCUCUGGCCUGCCGCCCAUCAGCUGCUUCCCUGGCUCCUGGCGCCAGGAUGUGGGCCUGGACUGCAAAGGCUCCCCUGAGGGGGCCGAGGCGAGGGCCUGGACUGUCUACUACUACAGCCUCCUGCAGAGCUGUCUGCAGCAAGCUGGGCUCCCGGAGACUCAAGACCGAAGCCAGGUGCCCCACACAGGUUGCCCUGGUGCCGAGGUGACCUUGUGCAUUCUGGGAUCCCCCAGCACCUUUCUGUCUGUGUUGCUGGAGGGUGGGGUCCAGAGCCCGGGUGAGUGUGUGCCCAAAUUCUCCACCCUGCUAAGGAAAGGGCAGCCCCGCCCUUUGGCCCAGCCACAUCCCAAAAUACCCACCAGCCUUGGCAACUGCCUGCAUUCCACGGGACCAGCUGCCCCACUCUCAACAGGGGUGGGUUCUGGGAAGAACUGUCUCCUCUGCAGCAUAAAGGCCAGGCUGGAGGUGUUGGGCGCUGGGGACAUAAGCCUUCCCUGGCCAGCCACCUGCCCCCCUCUGCCUACAGGAAACAUGCUCCUCUGCCUGUCCCCAGCCUGGCUGAUGAAGGUGCCAGCAUCAGGGCAGCUGGGUGAGGCGGCCCUGCUGGUCUCCAAGGCUGUGAGCUUCUACCCAGGGGGCCUGACAUUCCUGGAUGACUUUGUCCCCCCACGACGUGCCACCUACUUCCUGGCAGGCCUGGGGCUGGGUGCUGGCAGGGGCCGGGAGGCAGCAGAGCUGGCCCGCAAUCUGACUUGCCCCACAGGAGCCUCAGUGGAGCUGGCCCGGCUGCUGGAGGACCGGCUGCUGAUGAGGCAGUUGCUGUCCCAGCAGGGCUGUGUGGCCGUGCCAGCUACCCUGGCUUUCACCUACAAGCCUCCAGGGCUGCUGCAGGGAGGGGACGCCAGCCCAGGACUACGGCUGGUGGAGCUGAGUGGCAAAGAGGGCCAGGAAACACUGGUGACAGAGGAAGUAGGGGCCUUUCUGCAGUCCGAGGCUCUAGGUGAUGCCGUGCAGGUGGCUGUGAAGCCCAGUGGCUGGCGCUGGCGGGGGCGGCAGGCUUUGUGUCUGCACCCACGGGUGGAGCUGGAUGCUGUGGUGGACACAGUGCUGGCACUGCUGGAGAAGCUGGAGGAAGAGGAGAGUGUCCUGGUGGAGGCUAUGUGUCCACCUGCCCAGCUGCCCUUCCCAGGAGGUCCCUCACCCAGCCGAGAAAUGGCUGUGCGCAUCUGUACUGUGGUGUGUCGAACUCAGGGUGAUAGGCCCCUACUGAGCAAGGUGGUGUGCGGAGUAGGUCGUGAGGAUCGGCCUCCGCGGCACCAGAACUCCCUGCCGAGGACUCUGGAGGUGGCGCUGGCCCAGUGUGGCCUGAGUGAAGCAGCACAGGUAGCAGCUGUGAGGCAGCGCGUCAAGGAGGCAGCUGAGGCCGUGCUGGCCGCGGUGCUGGCCUUGGAGGCUGGCCUGAGCGCCGAGCAGCGCGGUGGGCGCCGGGCUUGCACGGACUUCCUCGGCGUGGACUUCGCGCUGACAGUGUCCGGGCGCGCGCUGACCCCAGUGGCUCUAGAGCUGAACAGCAGCCUGUGUUUGGAGGCGUGCGGCACGCUCGAGGGGCUGUGGGCCGCGCCUCGCCUGGGUUUGGCGGCCGAGGAGGCGGCGGCUGCGCCGCUGGUGGAGACCAUGCUCCGGCGCUCAGCGCGUUACCUCAUGGAAGGAAAGCAGCUGCUGCUGGUCGGCGCCGGCGGCGUCAGCAAGAAGUUCGUGUGGGAGGCGGCGCGAGACUACGGGCUCAAGCUGCACCUGGUAGAGUCCGACCCCAACCACUUUGCGUCUCAGCUGGUGCAGACUUUUAUCCACUUUGAUGUGACAGACCACCGGAGGGAUGAGGAGAAUGCGCGCCUGCUGGCAGAGCUGGUGCGAGCACGUGGUCUGCAGCUAGAUGGCUGUUUCUCCUACUGGGAUGACUGCCUGGUGCUCACAGCCCUACUCUGCCGGGAGCUGGGUUUGCCCUGCUGCCCUCCAGCUGCCAUGUGCCUGGCUAAGCAGAAAAGCCGCACUCAGCUGCACCUGUCUCGCCAUCACGGCCCGCCGUGGCCUGCGCCCUCCCUCCAUGCUGUGGCCUGCUGCCCUCUGGAAAGCGAGGCAGAUGUGGAGAGGGCUGUUCAUCAGGUGCCCCUGCCAGGUGUGAUGAAGCUGGAGUUUGGUGCAGGUGCAGUAGGCGUGCAGCUGGUGGAGGAUGCCUCACAGUGCCAUGAGCACUUUUCCCGAAUCACCCGUGACUUGCAGGGCGAGGCUGACCAUCCAGGCAUUGGGCUGGGCUGGGGCAAUGCCAUGCUGCUGAUGGAGUUUGUUGAGGGGACAGAGCAUGAUGUGGACCUGGUGGUGUUUGGUGGGCGGCUGCUGGCCGCAUUUGUCUCUGACAAUGGCCCCACAAGGCUGCCUGGCUUCACAGAGACAGCAGCCUGUAUGCCCACAGGGCUGGCACCGGAGCAGGAGGCACAGAUGGUACAGGCAGCCUUCCGCUGCUGUCUGGGUUGCGGGCUGCUUGAUGGCGUCUUCAAUGUGGAGCUCAAGCUGACUGGAGCUGGGCCUCGGCUCAUUGAGAUCAACCCCCGCAUGGGUGGUUUCUACCUGCGCGACUGGAUCCUGGAGCUCUAUGGUGUGGAUCUGCUGCUGGCUGCUGCAAUGGUGGCCUGUGGUCUGCGACCUGCCCUGCCCACCCAUCCCCAUGCCCGUGGUCACCUGGUGGGCGUCAUGUGCCUGGUGUCUCAGCACCUGCAGGCAUUGAGUUCCACAGCAAGCCGAGAGACCCUGCAGGCUCUGCAUGACCAGGGCCUACUGCGCCUCAAUAUGCUGGAGGAGGCCCUGGUGCCUGGCGAGUAUGAGGAGCCCUACUGCAGUGUGGCCUGUGCUGGGUCCAGCCCCGCUGAGGCCCGCCUUCGCCUGCUGGGCCUCUGCCAGGGCCUGGGUAUUGACGGGCCCAACUACCCAGUUGCUCACUUCCUAUCUCAUUUCAAAUAGCACUGGAGCCAGGGGGCAGGGAUGAAGUGCUAAAGGGAGGGGUUGUAGUGCCCUCUACUUGCUGGUGUCCUCUCUGUCUCUCUCCCUGUCACCCCACUUUAACCCCAGCCUGGCCCACUCCCAUGCCUCAGGUUUGCUCCAGAGCAGUAGGGCCAUGUUAACACCAAAUCCUCCUGGGCUAAAGGGCCUAAAACAAGUGUGCGUGUGGGGGGCCUGUUGUACUCUUUUUGUUGUUGUUUAUUUGGUCUUUUUCGUUUUUAUCGGUACCAGGGAUCGAACUCACAACCGCACACUUGCAAGGAAGGUGCUUAUGCUGCUGAGCUAAAUCCCCAGCCCCCGCCUGUUGUACUCUUAAAGGCUUCAGUCCAGCACACAGCUGCCCCAGGACUCUAGCCCUGGAGAAGUAGUAGGUGUUACCCAUGCACAUUGCAACUGCCCACUCCAAAUGGGAGUGGACCCAAACCCAAGCCCUCUUCUCUACCCUCUCAGGGUUGUCUCUAUUCCUGCCACAUACAGAAGACAACCUUGGGCCACCCUCCUUGAACAAAUCCAGGACAAGCUGAGAUUUAAAUGCUUGUCUUCUUAUCCAUAUGCUAGGGCAGUUCAAGAGUCCGAUGAAAACUUUCUGGCAAUGCCUCUGACUCAACUGGCCUGAGAAGUGGACGCAGGUGGCUUGUGGCCAGGAGCAAUCACCUUCUCUCAUACUUCCACACAGAUAUUAUUGCCUCUACUCUCCAGAUGAGGAAACAGGCUCGGAGAGGAAAAAUGACUGUCCUCAAGGUCUUUCCACUGUGGAUAUGGACACAAUGGCCACGGUCAGGUUCCCACAUUUACUAAGUCUUACAUGCCUGCUCAGCUUCUAGGCCCCUCACCUCUCUGCCCUCAAUACAAACAGCUCUGAGCUUAUGAAUACUGUCCUCUCUCCUCCUGUGUACCAUAUACCUUCUCCACCAAGCAUCAGUGCUUUGGCCUUUAAAACAUCUAACUAGCAUUGGCAGAGGGUGUCAGCACUGCCUGCUUCAUUCAGGGAAGUUGCUUCAAGCACUGUCUACACAGCACAGGAACUGUGGACAGUCCCCUGGCAUCCCUUCCCAAAUAAAGGCUUAUGGACUAGUGAAA